AUGGCUCCUAAAAGAGAACCCUCCAUUAAGAAGUCUCCUUCACCAGUGUCCCAACCCAGACUGGGUCCCCCUUUCCCCUGCCUCCCUGCAGCUCCCGCAGCUCCAAAACCAGCUCCAGAGCAGAAGCCUAGAAUGCUGCGUCCUUCUGAUUCACCAUUUGACCCCAGUACUUUGGAGAUUGAAUUUAACCUGGAACAGAUUCAUGAGUUUAAGGAGGCAUUCCUGCUGUUCGACAGGACAGGAGAUGGGAAGAUCAGCUUCAGUCAGUGUGGGGAUGUCAUGCGGGCCCUAGGACAGAACCCUGUUAAUGCUGAGGUGCUUAAGGUCCUGGGCAACCCCAAGGCUGAGGAGAUGAAUACCAAGAUGCUAGACUUUGAGCAGUUCCUGCCCAUGUUCCAGGCCAUUGCUAAGAAUAAAGAUCAGGGCUCCAUGGAGGAUUUUGUUGAGGGACUGCGUGUCUUUGACAAGGAGGGCAACGGCACAGUAAUGGGAGCAGAGCUACGUCACGUCCUCACCACGCUAGGUGAGAAAAUGACAGAGGAGGAAGUGGAGACGCUCUUGGCGGGACACGAAGAUGCAAACGGCUGCAUCAAUUAUGAAGAACUGGUCAGGAUGGUCAUGAACGGGUGAAGA